CGACGCCCGUCUGCUCGAGCUCCGACGCCGUCCAGUACGCCGUGCGGAAAAUCUAAACAAAACCGAUGGAUCUGGGCUGAGCGUACUUAUCUAAUUUUCUGUUCAAUGACUCAACAGUGUUGCGCUUGAGACUACGUACACAAGAUCAAGAAAAUGUCACGUUGAUGAUGUUCUAUAUGAGGCUUAGCAAUGAAACGGUGUAUUCUGGGUAUACAGAAAUAUUUAUUUAAAAUGUUAUGAAGCUGCUCUGGGCAUUGAAAUUGAGAUAAAAAUUGAAAAUGUCCUCAGGGGAGCACUUGCUGAUGAGCAAAGAAGCAGGCGAAAGUAAGGACAAUGUCAGUGAAGAACAUAUGGACUAUGAAGACACAUCAUUUUCUGAGGGAACCUCACAGGGUCAAGAUGACUCACAAGAAAGUCAAGAGACAUCUCUAAUGAUACCUCAAGGUAACCUGAUAAUUAAUGAUGGCCAAGAAGAGAAUGAGGACCAGGACAUCCCAGAAGACGAACAGAUGGGAUAUGAGGACACUUCCUAUGUGGAAGGUGCCCCUGUUCCAGCCUGUGCCGACAAUGAAAAUUCAGAAGCUGGCCGUGCUACUUGCAUUACAGAAAUGCCACGAAAUGAUGGUAUUUCUGUAAUUGCAAACACAGCAGAAGCAGAGGCUUAUUUGUCCGGGGCUGUAAUUCGUGAGGCAGGUACCAUAGGGUCCACCACUGAACUCUCUUUAAAUUCAGAGGAUGUUCAGGCCUUAAAUGAAGUUUCAGAAAAUGAGGAACAUCAUUCCUUGGUUCCCUACUCCUCAGAAGAUAGUGCAGGCAUGGAUACAGCUGAUGAUGAAACAAAUGCUGAGACUGAGGUUAAUCUUGAAGCUGAUGUAAAUGCUGAGCAUGAGUUAGGUGCUGAAGUUAACUUGAUUUCGCAAGGUGAUGUGAAUGUUGAAUAUGAAACACAAAUAAAUACUGAAGAUGAGGCAAAUAUUCAGUCUGAAGAAAACAUUGAAUAUGAAAAUGAGGCCGAAACUAUAGCCGAGGAGAACAUUUCAUAUGAGGCAAGUGCCGAACAAGAUGUUAGCACAGAAACUGAAGAGAAUUCUCUAAAUCAGCACCUAGUGGAACAAGAGAUGGAAGCCGAACCAGCAGCCGAAGAAUCUGAAACUGAUUUUGCUCCUGAAGGAAUGGUUGAAAAUGCAGAGAGUGUAAGUGAAGCAGAAGCUUUUGAGACUUAUGACGAAGAAGGAAAUAAUGCUUCAAAUGUGUAUGAUGUUCAGGAACCACAGUUAAUCAAAAGCACCGAAGGGGAGACAAGCAUUAUUCUAGAGGGUGUUGCUAAAGAAGGUGACUUGGAAUUGUGCAGUGUACCUGACGGUCAAGUUUUAGCUCUUGAAAAUGAGGAUUCUGGUAUGCCAGAAGAACAAGAGUUACCUCAAGAAAAUGAGGAUUCUACUGUACAUGCCAUUCAAGAAAUAAUCCAUGAAACUGAUUCUAUUGAAGGUCAAGGACCCCUAAGUGAAGACACUGCCUUACUAGAUAGUCAACAUCUAUCUCAAGAAAAUGAUGAUUCUGUUCCACACGAUGGUCAAGAACUACCCCAAGAAAGUGAUGAUUCUGCCCUACCAGGAGGUCAUGAAUUACCCCAGGAAAUUGAUUCUGUCCUACCAGAAGGUCAAGAAUCACCCCAGGAAAACGAUGAUUCUAUCCUCUCAGAAGGUCAAGAAUUACCCCAGGAAGAUUAUGAACCUGUCAUGCUAGAAGAUCAAGAAUCAACUCAGGAAACUGAAGAUCCUUGUGAUGAAGAAUUGCCUCUGGAGAAUGAAGAUUCCAGUACAUUAUCAACAGCAGAAGCAGGAGAGGAAGCAGUUGACCAGUCCAAUGAGGAUGCAGUACAAAAUGCAGUAGAUGACAAUGCGGAACUAGUGGAGGAUAUGCAGGAUGCGGAGGAUGAUGGUGAAGGGGAGGAAUACGUAGGCGAAGAAGAGGAGUUUGAAGACGGUGAUGAAAUGGCAGAGGAAGUUGAAGUGGAAAUAGAAGAUUGCUCAGAUCCUGAAAUGGAAUCUGAGGGUGGAGUCACAUACAUCAUCAGUGAAGGCAUGAUUGUUGUGGAAGAGAAUGAAAGUUCAGAAGCUUACCAAACCGCUGAUAAUGGUGCUGCCAUUGAAGAAGAGGAAGACUCAGUUGUGCCAAAGACAACUCGAAUUGUGAUUAAAGUUCCAUCUUCUAAAAGUGUAAAUGACACCAUUUUAUGUAGUGAAGAAAUGGGAACUGAAGUUGUGAAACAAGAAGGUCAGUCGUUGAUAUUGCAGGAACUAGGAGAUGUAUCUAAUGCUAGUCAUUCUGAACAACCGACUAUUAAUGAGGUUGAACCAAUUAAUAUGAAAGAAACUGAAUCUAUGGGAGAUUCGAAUGAAGUUCUAGCUGAAGAGGAUUUGCCUCUUGAACCAACUGGAGAAAUUGAUGGUACAACCAAUGAAGGUGAUCUUGGAACACCUGCACCCUCUUCACUCCAAGAGGUAGAUCCAGAAAAUCCGGCAGGAAAGGAAGACACUCAGCCUGCUGAGUUCGAUUGUGGUGUGGAUACUGCAGUACAACAAGAGACUGAAUUAGUGGCAACUGAUGAGUCUAUUUCACCAAAUAUGUUAGAAGAAAGUCAGUGCGAAAAAGCUGUAACAAAUGAAGAGGUCGCUGCUCAAAGUAAUGAAAGUCUAGACGUAAUUGCCACUUCUUCAGUGUCAAGUAAAACUAAUGCAAAGAAUCAAUAUGAAAAGAUUGAUGAUAUUGAAGAAGCGGCACCCAAGAAUUCAAAACCUAAAGGAAUCUCAACAAAGUCAGAACAAAAACAAGUUAAUUCAGCUCAUUUAAAAUCUGCUGAGAAGACAAUUGGAAAGACUCCAAGUAAACCAUUAUCUGCCCAUGCACCCUCUAAAAGUGAAUCCAAAGGUUCUAAACCUUCCAGUAAUAAUAAGAGUCAUUUACCUCAUGAAAAGGAGCCUAGCGAAUCUGUAAAAAAGAGACAACCGGAUAGUGGUGAUUCAGUGAAGCGUUCUUCUAAGCACACUCAUGGUUCAGCUCAUAAACACAAGAGUCAGAAUGAAACCAAAACCUCUACCUCUGUAAAGACCAUCAGUAACACUGAAACUGCGGCUAAAGAAGAACAUUCAUCUAAAGGGGACUCUGCAAAGAAGCAUGUUGAAGGAAAGGAUCGUUCCUUACACAAUGAGAGUACCCACAGUUCUAAAAACGUAAAGCAGCCUCUGACUUCAUCCCACCGGACACGUUCUAGCUCAAGCACUCCCAAAGAGUCUUCUAGUAGGGACAAACGAAGUGCUCACAAAGAAGAAGGAGCAGCAAAGAAAUCAAAUAAUGCAGUAUCUCGUUCAGAUGAUUCUUUGAGUUCCAGUAAAUCGAAUUCAGACUCUAAAGUAUCUCUUCGUAGUAGUAGAUCUCGCAAAUCACACUCUGAUGCUGCUAAUGAAGUGCAAGAUCCACCCACUGUCAAAAAGGAGAAAGCCAAAACCUCCACUGAGACACCUCAAAAACCACGCCAGAGUGAACGAGUGUCAAAGGCUACAGAAAAAGCACUUGCUUCAGGCCUGAUAUCAAGGCGCUCAAGAACAACAGCAGGAGAUAGUGCAACAAACAACAGCGAAAGGCCUUCUGACUCAUUAUCUGAAGAUCAGGCUCCAUCCCAACGGCGUGGAAAGAGGAAAGCUGAUUCCUCUCCUCCCCCUGCACAGGAGGAGACUCCUUCUUCUAAGAGAAGAGUUACCAGAAGUGGGGAAGGUUCACAGUCCAGCGACAGUCCAGCUCAGAGUUUGAGAUCGGUCAGAAAGAAUAAAACACUAAAGAGGAAAGGGUCUACUGGUGAUUCACCUCCUUCAAAACAUGCUCACAAAGAAGAUCCUAAAGACAAAGCUACAGAUGAAUUCAUUGCUAAUAUUCCAAAUAUGUGUCGCAUUUGUGGAUCAAAGAACGAUAAUCUGAUCAAUGUCUUUGGACCAGAGGGACAAACCAUGAAGCUGUCAGAAAAAGUUCAUAACAUUUUGCCAAUCAAGAUGCGCCAAGAAGAACCUCUUCCUUCUGGGGUAUGCCAUUCUUGUGUUGUUACACUCAUUGCUUGUGAAAAACUUGUUGAGAAAUGUACCAGCAUUGACAAGAGGCUUCGUUCUCACUAUAACUGCCAUGAAGAAAAACCAGUUAAAGAAAACAUCCAACCUGUCAAAGAGAUUCAGCCUGAGACACUCCCAAAGAGUUCUGUUGAAUUGUCGAAGGCAGAAAAGUCUGUGAAAAGUGAUGUGGCCCCAACAUCUAAAUCAGCUGAGCUGUCCUCCUCCAAAAAGGAUGAGGCGCCUUCCACAACACAUUCCUCAAAGGUCAACAAUGCCACUAGAUCUUCCUCUCGAGUUUCUGCUAAGAAGCAGUUGGAAAGUUCUCAGAAGCCAAUUGUUAACCCUCCAGAACCUGAAACAAAGACAACUACUGCACAAGAAGUAAGUAAACCACCUGUGGUUAGCAAAGCAAAUGUUGCCUCUAGUCCAGAAACCGAAGAUGCCCCUCCUGUCUUAGAGGCUGAGCCACCUCAAUCACAUUUGCCUCCUACCAACCAAGAACCAGCUGCCCAACCACCAGUUCUUGUUCCACAGCCAGGCAAGCCAUUGCCUGAGUUAGUGCCUAUUCCUGCUGACGAUUCCGGAAGCAUGAAACGGUUUGGUAAUACUUAUCGAGCCCGCAUGAAGCCUGGUCAGUGGGAAAAAAUUGAAAGAGGUCUGGAGGCCAUUCAUGGUGAAUCACAUGAUGAAGAUGAAGAAAAUACUGAAACAAAAUCAUCGCAAGCAGAAGAAUUCCACAUUGUUGAUCUUGAUAUGAAUGUAGAAGAAGUUCAAGAGACCCCAGCCACACCGCAGAAAAAUGCCAGUUCCCAACCAGAAUUUCAUGUGGAGAUACCAUCAGAGGCAAUUGAAGAAGAGACUACUGCACAACAAUCUAGUCCAAAGAGUGUCAUAGACAGCAUCCUUGUUGAUUGGAGUGGUGAUGAAGAUGAUGUAGUUCCAGAAAAAUCUGCCCAAAAUGCCUCUGCAGUUAGUUCAGGACAACGGGCUGUAAGUGCUGGAAAAGAUAAGGACAGUGUGAAUGGAUCUUCUCGACAAAAGCCUAUUCAACGCGUUUCAAAAGCGCCAUGCCUCUUUGGUGAAGAUGAGGAAGGAGAUGCUGCAUCUACUAUCAAGUUAAAACCUGAACCAGCACCAUCACCUGCCCCCGCCCCCACCCCUGUUCCUGAUACAGUGGUCAUCAAGCAAGAGUCAUUUUGGCCUGAACCAGCACCUGGAACUUCCACAACCUCAACUAGUGAGAAACCCUCUAGUGAUGUUCCAUGGAAGUGUUUUGUUUGUGGUAAACGAGGAAAGUCUUUGCCGAAAUUCCUUGAACAUAAAAAGCUGCAUUUGAAUGACCGCAAACUUGUGAGCUGUCCUAAAUGCAGUGAAAGUUUUAGUAAUAUGGCUCUCUUGAAAUCUCACAUGAAAUCAUCCCAUGGAGAUGAUGAGGAAGAUGAUGUUGUUGCAGAACAACAACAGAGACAGACACGUCGCAGGUCCAACAAACAACAAAGUCAUAUUGUGGAUGUGGACCUCGCGCCUGCCACUGAUGGACUGUACCAUUGCAGCUUAUGCCAGAGUGCAUUCACAAACAUUGAAAGUCUGUGCCAACACAAGUUAACUCACCAGAAAGGUGUAGAACCUGAAGUACGUUCUGACAAGUACAAGUGCACUUACUGCCGAAAGACUUUCUAUGAGCACAAAGAGUUCCAAACCCACUUGGCUUCUCAUCAAACUGGACCAAAUUUGGGCAUGUUCCAAUGUGGUAAAUGUGAUAUGAAAAUGGUUAAUCAAAAGGAGUUCAUUGAGCAUAUUGAGUCUCAUAAUUCUGAGGAUAGUUUUCAAUGUGACCAUUGCGAUAAAGUUUUUGAUACAAAGCAUAAACUCAGAAGUCAUCGCAGCACUGUUCAUAAAUCAACAGCAUAUGCCUGUCAUUUAUGUGACAAAGUUUGUCAAAAGAGGAUAACACUUAUUGAGCAUUUGCGGAAACACACAGGUGAUAAUCCAUUUGCUUGCCCUGUGUGUAAUAAAAGAUUCAAUCGACUCGCAAACUACAAGGCUCAUAUGACCAUUCAUGAAAACGCUCGCCGAUAUGAAUGUCCUUACUGUGGGAAACGUUUCAAUCGACAAAGUAUCCAGCAGCGGCAUAUUAAAACCCACACUAGUGAGCAAUCACGAAAGCAUAGAUGCAGAGUAUGCAACCUUACAUUUGGAUUGGCUACAGAAAUGUUCACUCAUCGAAGACUGCAUACUCGAGAUGAAGUUGAGCGUGCCACAUGGGAAGACGAGAAGCUAAGAUUGGCCCUGACAUCAUUUCCAUGUAAAGUCUGUCAGCUUCCUUUUAAUACAGUUGAGGAAGUCUUAGCGCACAUGCCGUCACAUACUGAUGAUGAACGAGACAUUGCUGCAAAAUUAAAGAAUCCACGUCUUGAAUGUGACAUUUGUGGUAAAGUUCUUAACAGUAAAAGAACAUUCAAUGCUCACCGGUCAUCUCAUAUUGAUGGGAAACCAUAUGUUUGUAAGAUCUGUUCAAAGGGAUACGCCACAUCAACAGGUCUCAAUUACCACAUGCUUUCUCAUACCGGAGAAAGACCUUUCCCCUGUACAUUCUGCAAUAAGGGGUAUAAAAAUAGCACUGAUUUGAAGGUUCACAUGCGUCAGCAUACUGGUGAAUUCCCGUACAAGUGUAAUCUAUGUAACAAAGCCUUCCGUUCAGCAUCCAGUCUUCAGAAGCAUGGUUUCGUACAUACGGAGAAUAGACCUUUCAAGUGUCAAUACUGCAACAUGUCAUUCAAGCGAGAAAGCACGAAGCACAACCAUGAGCGCAUUCACACCAAUGAUCGCCGCUUUAAAUGCAAAGUGUGUUCACGUACUUUCAUUCAAAAAGGAGCUUGUGAUGCCCAUGAAAGGUUGCACUUCCGCGGUGGCACGCAGGUAUUCAUGACUGUGGAAGAAGGAGCAGCUGCACAGAGGCUAGACUCCAGAAAUGUGGAAGGGGCAUCUGGUUCAAAAACAGACAAACAUGAUCUCUUUGAUGAUUUUGAAGAAGAAGAUUUUGAUGAAGACGAUGAAGAUGAUGAAGAUGAGUACAUCAUUUAUGAAGAUGAUAGUGUUGAAGAUGGGGAUAAUGAUGACAGGGAUGAGGAAGAAAUGGCUGAAUCAGAGAAGAACGUUCUCGUUGAUCCUUUGAGAAACGAUGAAGGCAUUUCAAAGAGUCCUUACGAUGAGUCUAAAUCUAGCAAUGGUGUAGAUCUCCCUGUGACGAGCAUUACUCCAGUACCAGUCACUUUAUCAGGCGACUCUAUUCCGAACAUUGGUGACAAUUCUGUUCAUAUUACUAUACUUUAACAUAAGUAUCCUCUACCAAUUGUUAAAAUGCCAGCCAAGAGUGCUUUGACUAAUGUCUCAAACUAGUUUGAAAACAAUAAAUGGGAAAAUGUGAAGACAUGUGCUAUUUGAUCAGCUUCGUGCCUCCCAAAAAAUUGAGGGUAGUUAUUGUGUGUAUGUUUUCGUGUGUUUGUGUGUGUUGUUUGUUAUGCAUUGAACUAUGGAACUGCAUUUUUUCCAUGUAAGUACUGCGGUAUACUUCUCUGUGUAUAGUUUGCGCGAUUUUAUAGAGCUGUCAAAAAAUAGGCUUUAUCUUAACUGAAAAAUAUUUUUAUUUUGUAUUGAAUGUGUAUAGAAAUUCAAUAUGUCAGAAGAGUAACUAGCAAUGGUGUCACUCAUGGUAGUUUAACUCAUGUUUGGCACUCUUGCUUUUUCUUUCAGUAUAGACGUACAUAUUUUGUACAAUGUGUGUAUUUUAGGUAAUUGCAAGUCAUAGCUGUACUAGAAAUGUAAUCCUCUUUUUAUAACUGAAGCGUGAAAGAAAAAUCAUUGUACAGUUCUGAGUCAUAAAUACAGACACAUAAUCUUAAGUAUGAAGUGUAGUUGGAGAGAGGAUGUUGCUUUAUUCUCUAGACUGCCUUAGCAUACAAUUUUAAUUGUAGAGGUUGGGCCAUUGAUUCAAAGGAGAGUUUCUUUUUACUUUCAUUUAAUGAAUGCUUAGAUUUUUAGGGGGAUGCAGUGCUUCGUGAUAUAUCUCAUUUGUUUGUGUUCUGUUAUUUUUACAUGCAGUGAGUUUCGGUGACACAUGCAACAUGCCUCUCACUAGCUUAGACAAUUAGUUCUUAAAUCAUUUGUUCAUGCCUAUAAAUGUGUGCUAGAUAGACAAUUUACUGGUCACCUGGUCAUGCACUGAUAAUGUUUUGGUUUUCUUAACUUGUACAUACUUUUGGUGUUCUCAUAUGACUUUGUUUCCUCAAUCAACUUCAAAGAUUAUUUCAUAAUUUUAGUUAUUAUGGUAUAUAAAUCACUAUGUGCAAUAAAAUAGCUGAUGAUUAAAUUUUAGUUCUAACUCUUACUCUAUCUUAUGUUUCUGCACUUUUCCCUCUGAGGGAGAUAGAAGUAUGACAUAAUUGACCACCUUGAAUUACAUGUUAUGUUUUAACUUUCCUGUAUCUUCAAUAACAAAGAUGGCAUGACAAUUGACAAUGAGUUUACAGACUACAGAAGAAUCCUUGUUACUGACCAUUUGAUGUUUUAUCAGUUAUGUAACAAAUAUAAUUUGAAAUAAGAGUA